AUGUUGCUCUCUGGUGUUUAUCCAACCACUGAACACUACAACACAUAUCUUGAUGAAUUGGCCAACACAAAUGACAACUUUUAUCUUCAUGACACUUUUGAUGAUUUGAAGAGAAGAAACCCAUAUCAAAAGCCUGAUGCCGCUUCAUUCAACACUAUGUUGGACAAUUAUAUUAGACACCAAGACGGACAAAGAGCUCUUAUUCAACUUGAGUACAUGAAAUCAAAGAAUAUUGCUGUUGAUGCUUCAUUGGAAGGUAAGCUCAAGGAACUUGUGGUAAGUAAGAACAUUGUGACAGUGCAGGUCCACCUUGAUUCGAAUCUUUUCGGCAAGGAUUUUAUUGAGCUAAUUUUGUUAUUUAAUUUCAUUUAUUUAAUUCAUCAUGUUUUCAUGAUAUUCAUGGAUUUAUCAAGUUAUUAUAAUUUUCAUGGAUUUAUCAAGCAAUUAAUUGUUUAA